AUGGCCGACUUUGUCCUAUGGCCUGCCUUCCGCGAUCUCGUGGUGCAGUUCCCGCAGCUUCAAGAGCGCAUGGCUUGGUUGGCUGACAUGUCGAUGUACAUCCGAUGCGAGUGGCCGUAUGCGCUGGAAGAUGCGCUGAAACCAGAUCCCAUUAAUGGAACUGUUGAUCUUGUGGAUUUGGCCAAGGAGCAUAUUUGGAACCUGGGAUGUUGGUCUGUUGGGCCUUCAUUUAGAAAAUUCGUCAUGAACGCAGAUGCAUACCUUCAGAUUAGAAAUAGGCAAUAA